AAUAUGGCUUAAAAACAAAAAGCAGUUUUUAUUGAUAAUGGAUAAGCGUAUUGCAAAACAUGUAUUGCAGAACGCGUUUCUUAGGGUAGCUGUUUCUCUGCAAUUGUUGGAAGACCUAAAGAUUAAGGAAAUUUAAAAGGAAUUGAUAAAGAGGUAGCUUAUGUUGGAGAUGAGGCUUGGGCUAAGAAAGAUGUUUUAGAAUUAAAUUACCCAAUUGAUAAAGGUAUUAUCAAUAAUUGGGAUGGUAUACAAUAUGUAUAUAAAUUAUAUAGAUAUGGAAAAAGUUUGGCAUCAUGCAUUAUUUAAUGAAUUGAAAGUUAUACCAGAAGAUCACCCAGUUCUUUUAACUGAAGCUCCAUUGAAUCCAAAACAUAAUAGAGAAAAGAUGACAUAAAUCUUUUUCGAAAAAUUCAAUGUGCCAUCAUUUUAUGUUGCUAUUCAAGCAGUGCUCUCACUUUAUGCUGCAGGAAGAUUAACUGGUAUUGUUUUAGAUUCUGGGGAGGGUGUUACAUAUACAGUCCCAAUUGCUGAAGGUUAUUUCCUUUAAGAUUCAGUUCUUAGGAUUGAUUUGGCAGGAAUAGAUUGUACAAAAUAUUUGGUUAAAAUAAUGGAGGAAUAAGGUCUUUAAUUCAAAUCACAAUUUGAAAUGGAUAUUGCCAGAAGAAUGAAAGAGUAAUUUUGUUAUGUUGCUCUUGAUUAUGAAGAAGAAAUGAAAAAAUAUUAAGAAAGUACUGCAAACAACAGAAGUUGUAAAUUACCAGAUGGAAAUGUUAUUGUUAUCAAAGACUAAAGAUUCAGAUGUCCUGAAUUAAUGUUCAAACCAUCCUUUAUUGGUCUUGAUAUUUAAGGUAUUCAUGAAUUAACUUUCUAAUCAAUUAUGAAAUGUGAUUAUUAUGUAAGAAAGGAUCUGUAACAAUUUUAAAUUUAUAUAUUAGUUUUCAAAAUAUUGUCAUGUCUGGAGGUACAACAAUGUUCACAGGAAUACCAGAAAGAUUGAAUAAAGAAUUAACAUUACUUGCACCAAAAUAAAUGAAAGUAAAGGUUGUUGCCCCACGUGAAAGAAAAUUCUCAGUUAUGAUUGGUGGAUCAAUUUUAUCUUCAUUAUCGGGUUUCUAAGAUAAAUGGAUUACAAAAUCUGAAUAUGAUGAAAGUGGUCCAGCCAUUGUACACAAAAAAUGUUUCUGA